AAGCGGACGUUGAGAGGAAUGUGCAUAAUGACACCCACUAAGGGGUUUGUUUAUUAGAUAAAAUAAUUUGUAUAAUGUUACGUAAUUGUUUCGCUUAUUGUGAACAGUAUUUCUAUUAUUGUCUUCACAGUGAAGCCACACCUCCCAGCCACCCACACGCACAUUGACGCAGUGCAUGUCUUUCACAAAGGAAAUCAACAAGUCUGCAAACUCAAACUGCCUCUGAGCCCAUCAUUCACAGACUAAAAUCUAUCAAGAAGAACUUGUUUGACUGAUAUCCCUCGACAAGAUGAUUAAUGAGGAUUGGCUGUGCAGUUCAUUAAAGCUAUGUGAUCUAGUCACCACUUCAGAAUCUGCUCACUCUGAUGACUCUGCGCAGGUAGUAAUUAACAGUGAUUCAUGCCCACAACCUGCUUAUAACCUAUCAUCAAUCCAACACACUCUGGAAACAUACAGUCAUUUGCUGGAUGUAACAUUAGAACAGAACUUAGAGCCCAUUCAACACUUUGCACAGAUGACUGCCAAAACUAUUAUAGAUUCAGCCAUCAGAAUCAGAGACCCAAGAGAAUCCAUCAAGCUGAGAGGGGACGACGUUGAGAUGCUGGCUGAAGAGUUAACUUUACAAGUCUGUUGCAAAGCAUUGGAAGAGAUGGAGAGGCAUCAUUACUCUGAUGAUCCAUUUUCCAAAAGUGUGGAUGAUAAAGAGGGGACUUAUGGAAAUGCAUCGGCCCUGUGCUCCUCAGGGUACAACUGUGACAAAAACACAUCUGAAGUGGAAACAGACAACAAGAUGGAAGAAUAUGAUAGCACAUCUGCCACUGUAUACGCUACUUCAUUGAAAAGCAUGGCUAGUCUGGGCUCUAUUGAGUACCCCGAAGCUCCUCCAAGCACCCCUUUACUUCCAGAGAUGAUCAGGAGUCGAGCCAGUUUCACAAGGAAGCUUAAGGGAGGACUGGCUAAAGAGUUCCUUCCUUCACCCCCUCCUCCGACCCCCAAAGACCACAUGCAACCAUUAAUAGAGAACCAAAUGCCAGACGCGUCUGCUGACUUCAUGGUGAGACUGAUGCGCUCACUUUCACUGGAGUGCUGUCGAAAUGGAGGUCUGGAAGGAAACAAGAAUGGGGAAGUCGAAGAUAGUGGACUCCAAAAUGAUGUUGCCAGGCUAACUGACUAUGCAGCUCAAAUUUCUGCAGAUAUCCUUCAUUUUAUCACCACAAAUGAGAUCAAAGUAAAAGAUGAGGGUUGUGUGCAAAGCAUGUGGGCCAUUGCUGACCAGCUAGCAGGUGAAAUUGUCACAACGGUUCCAGCAGAGGUGAUGGCGAGAGGAGAAAGAAAAGUUUUGGAGGAAGAAACAACAUCAUACUCAGCAUAUAACACAAGGUCUAAGAUCUCUGCAACAGACGGGGUGAAUGUUUUAGCUAGUGAGCUAAUCAUUAAUGCUAUGGUUCAUGCUUUUGCUAAGCUAGAACGGGGUGUGUUUAAACAUGGCACCCAGCCCCAUCUUUCAGGCCAAACUGUAGAACCACAGCCAUGGGAAGAAGGAAGAUAUUCAAACACACUCUGUAAAGACUCGAUCAACUCCCACGAAGCCAAACCCUUGAGAUGUUGCAGCGAUAAAUCAGAACUGAGACCUAUUACAGAUGACGCCAUAAAAGUGAAAUCAUCGGUAGACACAUUUGCCAAUGACUUUGCAGAAGACGUGCUUCAGCAUUCUGUGUUUGACGCUUCCAGCUUACUGUUUAACUAUAAGCAAUCUCAGAGAGCAGAAUUUGGCCCAGAGAAAGACAUUGAACCAUGGCUAAUCAAAAUGUGUGCUGGGGAAAGUCCUGUCCAGGAACUGCAGUGUGCUCUACUCUGGGCUGCAGUGUCUCACAAAGGGACUAAAGCACUUCAGUUUGAGCUUCCAGACAAAAGCCUUCAACAAAAGCUUGGCAGACUCUCUCGGAGUGCCCGUCUGAAUGGCUGGACGGUGGGUGCGUUGAUGGCUUCUCUCCAUGAGUUUUGUGACGUGCAUCAAGAGACCAGCAGAGGGCUCCAUAAGAGCUCUGAUUCUCUCCUGGAGCAUCUGCAGCACCUGAUUGAUAAUGUGCAUUUAAAUUGAUCUUAAAGCUUUACCCUAGCAGAGCUGAUCAGUGAUCCAUGCAACACCCCCUGAAAUAAAACAUUCGUUCAAAGACAUUCAUCUUCAUCUACACAUCCCAUCUUUCACAUCCCAAACAUUAAUAAAAGGAGACAAAGCCAUAACAAAGCAUAAACAGUUAUAAUCAAUUUCACUCUGACCCAUUGAAAAUGAGCCCCUUAAAGACGGAACAGCUGCAUGCACGCGGUCUGUUUAUACCGUAAUAAGAUUCGCUCUCUCUGUCCAAGCGCUCAAACCACAGCCAUUAUUAGGUAAGCGGAAAUCUGACUACAAAUCAGCUUUGGAAGUUACUACCACCCAUAACACACUGACACAUUCUUGACUAUAAAUCCUGUAUUCUGUAUGUUCCCCUGCUGUUAUUUUUUCAAAAACAUGUCAAGUAUCUAUAAUAAAGUGUGUCUGAAAAUGAUAAACAGUGAAUGCAGUAUUGUUGAAGCUGUUUUAUGAUGGAGCUGCACAGGCCUUUGCGGGGUGUGUAAAAAGCAGGACUAUUUUACUGCAUCCCAUUAAUACUCCCCAAGCACUGAUACCUAACAUGGCAGGAAUGCGCUUUAGCGAAAACCUGCAUCCCACUCACUCCCACUCUUGGCGACCACAGCUUGAAAAUCAGGGACACGCACACAAAAUCACACACACUCAUUCUUUGACCCUCUGUCUCGCUAUAUCAGUCUCCCAGACAUGCUCCUUCUUUCACUUUCUCUCUCUCACGCACACACGCGCAUAUUCUCAUACACAAGGGGGACUGACUUCACAGCUGCAGUGUCAGUGAAGACACAAUGGCUUUCAGUCCAGCCCCGUUAUAAGCAUCUGGAGAAGUGUUUGUUCCAAUGUCUGAGGAACCAUCCCUGCCAAAAAUGAGAGACGGCGAAAAAACGUGCAUAAGGAAAAAAGAUAGCAGGGGAAGAGAGAGAAGGGACGAAGUGAUUGCAACUGAGCUCACACAUAUAGAGUCAAAUGGAUCACAGGAGUUCUGGAAAAUCUCCCAACAGCCCCCACCCUUUUCCAUUUAUUCUCUACAAUGAGAGCCAGACAGAUGUAAAGGAAUUCCUUACACUGAACAGGCCUCAUAGACUUAAUGUACUCAUAUAUUUUCUAUACGUAUCGCUCAAGUCUAGCGAAGCACUGAAGCGCCGCGACUUAAGUCAACAGGGAUGGUGAGCAAUCCUUCGUAUCUGUAUGAUCAAACGGGCCAUGAAGGAGCUGGCGGAGAAGGGAGACUGCAUAAAAGGUGAAAUAAAUUAAAAUAAAACAAGUACAAUACAUUUAACAUGUUUGCUCUGGAGAAUUGGGAUGUGUGUGCAGGUUUAUGGAGUUUUCACUCUUUGUAGGCCCUAUAUCUAUCAUGACUAUAAGGUCAUUGCGUGUAAAACAUGACAUCAGCAACAUGUGAUCAGCAGUUUGUAAUGUGAUACAGUGUGUGUCAGUUUAUAUUAAAGAAAUAGUUCACUUAAAAACCAAAAACUCAUCAUCGUUUACCCACCCUCAUGUUGUUCCAAAUUGGUUUGAGUUGCUCUCUUUCUGCAAAAAAAAAAAAAAAGAAAUUAUGAUUUCCUACAAAAAUUGUUCAGAAGUGUUUCUGUCCGUUUUGAGAUCCCACUGACUUUCAUUACAUGGACAAAACCCUUUAGUUCAUUUUGUCCCAUAACUAAGGGAAAGAAAACAUAUUUUAAUUUAAAGAUAAAAGUUUUUUUUCUCAUGCACUUGAGCACUUACACCAAACUCUGCUUUAUUCUUAUCUAUAUUAAUAAUGUUUUUAUUAUUUUUAAUAGCAUAGUUUUUAACCACUAUGUGUCUUACUUUUCAGAUUCAAAUGAGAACAGUCUACCUUUUAUGUAACUGACUUUACAAAGUCAAGACCAGUCUUGAAAAAAUGUAAUGAGGAAAUAUUAAAACCAUAAAGCAGUUAAUUCAA